AUGACUAUCACUCAUCAAGAAACUAAAGGCGGAAGUCCUCUUUUUUCGGAUCAUUGGGGACCUGAAAAACAUGUGGAAUUGCAUAAACCAUAUGGAGGAAGUUUAGGGUUCAGUAUUGUUGCGGGAAAGAUAGAAAUAAACAGUGAAAAUGCGAGUCCGCCUGAACAAUUAUGUGGAAUAUUUAUUAAAAAUGUCGAGCCUAAUAGCCCUGCAGGAAAUAGUAAACAACUAUCGACUGGAGACAGAAUAUUAGCAGUUAAUGAUGUAGACCUGCAUAAUACGACGUAUGAAGAUGCUGUCGAUAUAAUUAAAAAUUCUGGUGACACACUGCGAUUAGUAAUACAAUCAUUUAUACAAUCGGAUAAUACUGUAAAUAAAAAUCCUUCUGUAUCACGUCAUUCUGUAAGAAGAUCAAUUAAAAUUUUAGAUAAAUCAAAAUCAAUAACGAAAUCACAGAGCGUAGAAGACUCUGCUGCAGCUUCUAGUAAUAAUGAUGAAGAAACAAAAGCUGAGAGAAAAAAAUAUAGUUCUGAUAGCGAUACUGAAAGUGAAGAAGAUGAACGACAAUUGGAGGGAAACGUUCUCACAGCAGCGGGAAAAGAAAUAUCCCGAAAAAGUGCUGCUAAUCUCAAAAAAACUGCGACGGAUCCUGAUGAAGAAGACGAUUUUGGAUAUACGAUGAUGAAAGUUAACAAAAAGUACAAAAAUUUAGGAAAGAAUCUGCUACUAGUUAGAUUAGAAAAACAAGGUCGAGACUAUGGAAUUGCAAUUGCGGGUCAUAAAGACAGGAAGAAAAUGAGUACUUUUAUUUGUGGUUUAAAUCCAAAAGGGGCAGCAAUUAAGACUGGACAGUUUCAAGUAGGGGAUGAAAUUAUUGAGGUGAAUGGUCAAGUUUUGAAAGGACGUUGUCACUUGAAUGCUGUAGUCGUGAUAAGAAAACUACUCGAUACUACUUUGACAAUAGUUUUAUACAGAUCACCAAAACAAAAUGACCAAGUAGCAAUAGAUGAAGUUCAUCAGUUUCCACCCACGCUUGAAGAGAGUGAGUUAUAUAGUCAAUAUGAAGGUGUCCACACAGUUGUAGUUAAAAAAGGUACAUACGGAAUGGGAAUUAUGAUAAUACAAGGUAAACACGCUGAAUUAGGACAAGGUAUAUUUGUAUCUGAUAUCCAAGAAGGAAGUGCAGCGGAGGCGGCUGGUCUUCAAGUUGGUGAUCUGCUGUUAGGAGUUAAUUCUGAUACUUUAUUGGAUACAAAACAAGACGAAGCUACAAAUAUGCUCAAACAAUGUGAAGGACUUGUAACAUUAAUAGUAUGUAGUCCUAAAGGUAAAGAAAAAGCACAAAGUACCAUACAAGAAAUUCCAGGAACUGAUAAUAAAGCUGGCGCAGUCGCUGGUCCUGAAGGAGAAAAACCAAAACCUGUUGAACCACCAAAGCCCGCUAAGAAACAAAUGACUAUAGAAUUUACAAAAACUAAUGACAAACCACUUGGGUUUACAAUUGUUGGUGGGAAUGAUACUCCGCUGGUCGCCAUUUUUGUCCUUGAUAUAAAUUCCGAUACGCCGAUAGGCACUACUGACCAUUUGCAAAGAGGUGAUCAAAUACUUGAAGUUGGUGCCGAUAAAUUCAAUAAUGUUGAUAAUCAUAAAGCAACAUUGACAAUUAUAGGCGCGACUGGAACUGUAAAAAUGGUAAUAUAUCGCGAUGAAAAAUACAUCGAAGAGUUUGAAGUAGAACUACAGAAAAAAGCUGGUAAACCAUUGGGUCUAUACCUCAAAGGAUAUAAAGAUGGAAAAGGAGCUUAUAUAUCCGAAAUACUGCCCGGUGGAAUUGCAUUGGAAUCUGGAAAAUUGACAUACGGCGAUCGUAUAAUCGGGGUUUGUGGAGAUGAUGUUAAAGAAAAACCUGUGGAAGAAAUUGUUAUUCUUAUAAAAAUAGCCAAUCCGGUGAAAUUGAAAUUAGCUAGAUAUAAAGUUAAUAAAUAA